AUGUGCGACUCCUCUCCCCGCGGAGCCGGCACGGGGCAGGGUGCGUCCCUGUGGUUCCUGGCCCUCCCCGUCGACGUUCUACGCAGCAUCUUCGACCGUCUCGAGCGCGUGGACGUGGCGAGGCUGGCGAGCUGCUCCAGGGAUGUGGCUCUGGCCGUCAUGCAGUGCCAUCGCCGCAUGUGGCUGAUCCAGCCUCGCUGGUAUUUGCAAAUGUGUGUAUUUGUACAACACGGGCAUCGCACGAUUCGAGACCUAGCGGAUCGGGCGCGCGAGCUGGGCAUGUCGCGAGAGGACCUGCCGUGCGCGGUGAUCCUAAGUGGCAUCGGCGCGAAGCUGUUCGACCACGAAGCGCUCCAAGACCCCCAUGCGUUGCGUCAAAGCGUAUCUACUCCCCCCCUGACCCACGUCCAAAGGCAAGGACUGCUGCACACCGUCACGGAGCUGUACUUGCAACGCUGGGACCGGAGAAGCCCUCUCCCGCCGGGCAUGACGGGUCUCCAGGUCUUGUCACUGGGCACCAAGUUCGGGGGCCGCUUCGAGUGCGUGGGGUCGUGGCUGCCGCCGAGCAGCGCGCAGCACGUGCGCAUGCUUCAGCUCGACUUCAACGGGGCGCUGGGGGUGCCGGGAGCGCCAGGAAGCGACCCCAUCCGCAGCCUCCCCGCACAGAUGACGAGCCUACAGUGGAUCGAGCUUCGUUGGUACAAACUAUACUGGGGCUGGCUUCCUGUCUCGAGCCGCAAGCACGUGCGCUGCCUAGAGCUGCGGAACGUGCAGCUCGUCGACGGCAUCCCGGAGGACAUGCUGGAGUCGUUGGAGCUCAUCGUGGCAGAAAAAUGCACGCUGUGUUCUGCGCUGCUGCCACCCGGGUGGACGGAGACCGACCCGUCCCGGCACGCUGCGCUCCUCGCCAGCAAGCCGAUCGGGCCGCGCCCGCUCGAAUCGGACUGCGUCCCCGCGGGCCCGGUGACCGUGUACGCUCCCGCGCAGGCGUUGCACGACAGCGCCCUGGCAGCGCCGGACACGCCGUCGUCGUCGUGGUGA